AACGCGACCACGACACAACGCUUUUCAGCUUCACCGUUAAGGCAGAAAAAAACAGUGGAUUAAUCAGAUUUUUAGCCAAUAACGCGAGUAAAUUGACAAAGGGGGCAAGUGUUUAUUUAUCGUUUUGGUGGUUUUUAGAAGAAUUUCUUUACGGUGUGGUUUUCUUGUGACAUCCGGGACCGGAAAAGAGACGUUUCCCCCCUCCUCGACAGCUGGUUUGCGGAUUCCCCACUAUUUGCACUUGAAGUUGUGUGAGCCGGCUGAGAUGAGUGGUCCAGAGGUGGCCAAGACACCGGGAGGCGGCGCUCCGGGCAAAGAGGGAAAGGAGCCGGUGGCCAAUGGGCACGCAGGAGAGGGCAGCGACCCCAACCCGUUCGCUGAGUACAUGUGGAUGGAGAAUGAGGAGGAGUAUAACAGACAGGUGGAAGAGGAGCUGUUGGAGCAGGAAUUCUUAGAGCGCUGCUUCCAGGAAAUGCUGGAGGAGGAGGACCAGGAUUGGUUCAUCCCGUCGCGUGACCUCAACAACCAGGGGGUGGGACAGCUGCAGCAGCAGCUCAAUAGCCUGUCCGUCAGCGAUCACCACAGCAACCUGGAGGAAGUGGCGAGGAAGAGCAUCUUGAAUCCCGAAGCGAAGGAGUUUGUCCCGGGGAAGAAAUACUAGGAGUCCCCCUCACCCCCAUGGAGCCUCCACAUGCACACAAACACACAAACACACACACCAGUCCUCACAUAUUCUCAGAGACUCUGGCGGCCAUGACCGCGCACACACUGAUUCUCACACACACACACGCAUGCACACACACACACACACAGCCUAUACACACUUGAAGUCAGUGGCGUGCUGGCAGGCCCAGUCGGGGGGUGGGGGGAUUUCUUUUUCUUUCUUUCUCUUUUCUUUAUGUUUCUUUAAUCUUUUUAUUUCCUGUUUGUUUCUUGUAAACUGAGGGACGCUGGGAACAGGGGUGGGGGAGGGGUGUAAUACCAGCACCGCCCUACUGCGGGCGCUAGCUCAUCAUUGCAUUUCAGAUGACGCUGUUGAUGUUUGCAGAGCAUGCAGGUCUCAUCGAAGCCCCCUUUUUAAAACUGAGGCAGCUACCAAGGAGUGAUGCCAGGACAAAAUUUAAAAAUCCAAAACAUCGAAACCUAAAAUAACUUCACAUACUUGUUCAUUUGUGUGCUGUCAAAUUGGGAAAAACAACAAGAACAACAACGCUUUGGAUUAAGUUGAGGGUUUCCACGUCUUUGAGAUCAGAGAACGACUAACACUUCAGGGGACUUGGUGGGUGUCUGCCGCUGCUCUGUAGAGACAUCACGGUCAAUCAGACCCGUUGACGUUUGCUCACAAGAUGUCACAAGCUUCCUGUGACAUCACAGCUCUUGUGCAUCUAGAGAUGCGGGUUGUUAUUUGUAUCCACAGCGGCUCUGUUCCAAACCAAACAUGCCCCCGCCGCCCCCCCGCCCCUCAUGCUUGUGUGAUCAGUGAUCAGAAUGGACAUGGACAGGUGUAAUCAUGGAUCAAUUAUUAGUUUUCCCAAUUUAUGUGGAAGUCCAUGUUUUAUCUUUUGUCCAGCUCAUAAGAACACAGGCGGGAGUUUCCCUAAUCAUGCAUCAAAUUGAGUUUAGGAAGGAGAGUUUCAUUAUAGAGGGAAGGUCAGAGCUUUCUGAGCCUUUUUAAAA